AUGGCGGAAUUGAAGGCGUUGAGAGGCAGCACCAAAGGCAACAUCACUCGCAUAAAAUCAAUGAUUUUGAAAAAAGGGUCAAGUUUGUCAACAGAAGAACUUAACUGCAGGCUUAGUUUGACAGAAAAUUACUUCAAACAGUUUCUGAGUGUGCAAGCAGAUAUCGAUAAACUAAACCAAGGUGCAGAUACUUCUUCAAGCGAAGCAAUUACAGCAGAAGUUGAAGAUGCAUUUGUGGCCACGAAAGCAAAAAUAAUGAGUUUACUAAAAAAAAGAAAGUUAUCACUGGUAGAUGUCAAUGCAACGAAUACAACAUCGUUAUUGCCGGGCCCAAGAAGUCAUCGGGAAGUAAAAUUACCGAAAUUUGAAGGGAAGUAUAGCGAAUUUCCGAAAUUUAUAGCCUUGUUUAAUAAAUUAAUCAACCAGGAUGAAAUGCUUGAUGACUGCGAACGAUUUUUGAUACUUAAAGAGCACUUGGGCUCUAAGCCGCUGGCAGCUAUUGACGAUUUUGAUGUCACAGAGGACAAUUACCCCAAAGCACUCGAUCGAUUGAAGGAAUGCUUCGAUAAAAAGGCGUUGAUAAAUGUAUUAAAUGCAGCGAAUGCACAUUUGAAUGCAAUGCUAUCAUUAGGUGAUUACAAAGAUAUAGCGAAUGCCAUGUUAAUUCAUUUGGUGAUGGAAAGAGUGGACGAAGAUUCGCAGGUCAAAUGGGAAGAAUCAGUGGAUUACAGGAAGCUGUCAACUUGGAAUGAAUGUUCAGCAGUUUUGACGAGGCGAUGUGAGAACCUUGAGGCAAGGGAACAAAAAGUUAAUCAAGUGAAUUCAAAGGCUGUAAACUAUCAAAAAGAGUAUAGAAAUAACCGCAACUACUCAACCUCUCUUGCAGUUACAAAACCUUUAUGUGAAGUCUGCAAUGGCAGUGGCCACGAGAUUGCAGAUUGUAGCAAGUUUAGAAAGCUUUCUUUAAAAGAACGCUUUAUCGUAGCACGGAGAAUAAAGGUAUGUUUUACAUGUUUGAAAAAGGGACACCUUCAAAAAGAAUGCUCUGCUGUUAAAUGCUCGAAAUGUAAUUUAUCUCAUCAUCAACUUUUACAUAAAGAUUACAUCUUGGAGCCAAAUGAACAAAGAUGCAAAAAUGGGCCAUCUACGUCAACACAGGAGACAGCUCAGUCAUCAGUUAUGAACGUAAUGACUGAAAACGAGGUUUUUUUGGCAACAGCAGUAGUAAUGGUAGCGGACAAGUUUGGCAAAUAUCACCAAAUGCGAGCCAUAUUAGAUUCUGGCUCUCAAGUAAAUUUGAUGUUCAGUCUGCAAUUUUAUGUCUUACCGAAAAUAACAAGCUCCAAACCUAAUCGUUAUGUCGAUGUUGCGGACUGGAAUUUACCAAAAAAUAUUCAAAUGGCUGAUCCAAUGUUCAAUAAGCCAGCGCGUAUAGAUAUUUUAAUUGGUGCGGAAAUUUUCUUCGAUUUGUUGUCGAUUGGACGAAUUUAUCUUAAUGAAAGGUUGCCAACCCUACAGAAAUCCAUACUAGGGUGGAUAGUUGCAGGCAAAGCAGAAGAAUGUUUAGCGCCUAGUCAUAAAAUAAAUAAUAUGCUGGUCAAUCACAACCAUAAUGAGAAUGAAAACUUGAGUCAAUUGGUUGAAAAAUUCUGGAAAAUAGAACAGAUUUCAACUAAAUCAAAUUUUUUAACCGAAGAAGAAGAGGAAUGCGAGAAAAUUUUCCGGGAAUCAAUUCGUAGAGAUACAUCUGGCCGAUUUAUUACGAAAAUUCCAUUUAAAACAACAGUAAGUGAUUUGGGUGGUUCCUAUAAUGCUGCCAAACGACGGUUGCUGUCACUAGAGCGUAGGUUGAGUAGAGAUCGCUCUACACGAGACGCUUACAACGCAUUUAUGGAUGAGUACCUCUCUUUAGGUCACAUGACGAUCGUUGAAGAAGCUGAUAUGGAUAAGAUAAAAUAUUUUGCACCGCAUCAGUAUGUGCUACGACCAGAUUCCACGAGUACGAAACUUCGAGUUGUGUUCGAUUGUAGCUGCAAAACUGACAGUGGCUUGUCAUUAAAUGAGGUAAUGAUGAAAGGACCACUGGUUCAAGAUGACCUGUUAUCUAUAAUACUGCGAUUUAGAUGUUACAAAUAUGCAAUUACGGCAGAUGUAACAAAAAUGUAUCGCCAAGCAUGGGUGACUGAUGAUGAUGCGAAUUAUCAAACGAUUUUGUGGAGGUCUUCCUCAGAUGAAAACAUAAAGGCCUAUCGCUUGCGAACCAUUACUUAUGGUACAACAUCUGCCCCCUAUUUAGCUACAAGAUGCUUAAAACAGUUAAGUGAAGAUUAUAUCGAUAAAUAUCCGAUUGGAUCGAGAAAGGUGUUAUCUGAUUUUUAUAUGGAUGAUUUGAUCAGUGGAUCAAAUGAUGAAGAUGAAAUUUUUGAAAUAUAUAAUCAAGUAUCAGCAAUAAUGAACUCAGCAAAAUUUAAGUUAAGGAAGUGGUUUUCAAAUAGUGAAAAAUUUCUUAAUUUCGUGCCUGAAGCUGAUAAAGAAAAGACUCUUCGGAUGAAUGAUGAGGAAAUAAUAAAAACUCUUGGUAUCAUCUGGGCUCCAGUGGGAGAUACGUUUCGAUACGUUUGGCCAGAUUUUGAUAGCUCGAAAGCGGUGACAAAAAGAAUAGUGUUGUCGGAACUAUCUAAGUUGUUUGAUCCCCUUGGGCUUAUUAACCCAUUAAUCGUAAAGGCGAAGAUUUUCAUGCAAGAUUUGUGGAUAUUGAAGGCUAAUUGGGAUGAAUCCCUACCAAUGAAUUUACAUAGUCAAUGGAUAGAAUUCCGCGAAAAUCUAAAAGACGUCAAGAAAAUAAGUGUGCCUCGAUUUGUUUUGGCAGAAAAACGAGUUGCUAGAGUUGAAAUGCAUGGAUUUGCUGAUGCAUCAAAAAGAGCUUUCGGGUGUUGUAUUUAUAUUCGCUCAAUAUGUGUGGACAACGACGUUACAAUGCAGUUGUGGAGUGCUAAAUCCAGAGUAGCGCCAUUAAAAACUUUAUCUUUACCAAAAUUGGAACUUUUGGCUGCGGAAUUGCUGUCGAAACUAGUGACAAAAACCAAAUCCAAUUUUCCAAUUUCUAUUGACGCGACCUAUUUAUGGGUGGAUUCCGAAAUUGUGCUAGAUUGGCUGAGCGAGCACCCAUCAAAUUGGAAUACAUUUGUUGCCAACCGGGUAUCAUUGAUUCAAGAGCAGACAAAAACGUGUAUUUGGCGGCAUGUUCCUUCAAAGUCUAACCCAGCGGAUAUAAUAUCAAGAGGUGCGUAUGUAGAUGAACUAUCUAAUUCUAUUUGGUUUGCAGGUCCUUCUUUCUUGAAGAGAGAUUGUUGUGAGUGGCCACCAAAUAAGUCUAGAAAGAAUACUAAUGCUGACCAAGAAAGGAGUCGUAAUAGUACGAUAAUGACUGUUAAUAAUUUGAAAAAAAAAAUACCUUAUGACGCAUGCUCUGAGGAUAACUCGAAAUCUUCUUUUGUGACGUGGGUUGAAACCUUCAGCGAUUUUGAAAAAUUACAAAGAAUUUUUGCCAAUCUUCUUGGCUUCCGAAGAAGCGUUAAGUCUAUGACGGAAAGAUUAGAUGAAGCACUAGUGCGUAUAUUCUACUGUGUGCAACAACAUUAUUUCAAAGAAGAAAUUGAGCUGCUAUUGAAGAAUAGAGAAUUGCCAGCAAACAUCCUGAGGGGCAUUAACGCGUUUGUUAUUUUAUCACUUUACAGAUUACCGGAUAACCGAGUUACCGAUCAACGUUGA